AUGGCCAUCCAACUGGACAGCGCCGACACGGCGGGACCAAGCACUGAAGGGCCAUCAGCAGCCUGCUUUCAGCCGGCAGCAACUCUGAAAGCCCACACUCGCGCCGUUACUGCAUUGCGCUUCAGCCAUGACGGUACAACACUCGUCUCGGCUGGCGCGGACGGAUACGUUCACUUCUGGAAUGCGGCAAACGGCGAGCACAAGCGGUCCCUUCGAGCUCAUAGGAUGGGCAUCAACGACAUGUCCUUGUCGCCAGACGGCUUGUACCUCGCCACCGCAAGCGACGACGGCACUGCACUGGUAUUUGCCAUGGAUCCACUGGCACAAUCACGACCCGGUCCACUGCGCACGUUGACGGGCCAUACAGCACCGGUGCUGUCCGUGGCCUUUGGACCGCGAGCCAACCUUCUUGCAACUGGAAGCUACGACGAGUCGGCGAUUGUAUGGGACUUGCGGCGUGGCAAGGCCAUCCAGACUCUGCCAGCCCACGCCGAGGCCAUCUGGACUGUCGGGUGGGACGCCGAGGGUGCGCUCGUCCUCACCGGCGGCGCGGACGGCUUGAUACGGUUAUGGGACGUGAACACGGGCCAGUGUCUGAAGACGUUUGACAACGAGUCCAACUCGCCGGUGUCGUCGGCCGCGUUCACUCCCUCGACAUUCUUCAUCAUGUCGGCCACUCUGUCCAGUACAAUCCGCAUAUACUCCCUGCACAACGGCAAGGUCCUCAAGACUCUCCAGGCGAGUGAGUAUGUCAGCGAGAAAUACCCGUGUCCCGCACUUGUGUUUGCCGGCCAGGCAGCACCUCAAGUCAACGGUCAUGCGGAAAAGGAUCCCAACUCGAUGGACGUCGACGACGGCGCACUGUCAGCAGCACCCGCGCCGGCAAGGAAGACACCGCGCCCUGCAUGGGUCGUUGCCGGUUCUGAAAAUGGCAAGACUAUAAUCUGGGACCUGCAGGAGCGCCGAGUCUUGCAGGUGCUCGAGGGACACACAAGCCCCGUCGUCGCGCUGGCUGUGCACCCCAGCGGCAAGUCGAUCGCCACGGGCUCGCUCGAGCCUGAGAAGAGCAUCAAGCUGUGGCACACAUAA